AUGCUGCUCGGUAUCCUCCCGCGUCCACGAGGACGCCGUUUCUCUUCUCGCAGAGCAUGGUUCCCUUACUGCUUGAUCGUUACUGCUGCUCUACUCUAUACUACCUUCUACGGGACUUUCAAUUUUUUCGACGCCAUCUCAAACGUCUUGUCCUCAUACGUACCGUCGUUUGACUGCCCUCUGUUCUCUGACAGCGUGAUUCUACGUCCAGGAAACUUCAUUGACCCAACUCGUCAAAAAAAGUAUCCAGACGCCCCAGAGGGACCUUCUUUCCUGGCACCCGAAACAGCAGGAAUCUUGCAUGAUAUACGGUUCUACUCCGGAGGAACACUGUCCUUGACCACCCAGACCGAGCCUUUCGAGGCCCCACCAUCACCCAUCGUCUAUGAUCCGUACCCCGACUACAACAGCAGAGAAUGGAAGCAACAGUGGAAGGGCUAUUUCUACCGGUGUAUUGGGCCUCGGGGAACAUACCUGGACCACACGAGCCCGGACGACAUGGUAUCUGCUUACCCUGGUACCCAAAGAGAUUUCCCCUUUCCUAUGUUUGGCUCCUACGACGCCAUCGAUCUCGAUGGGAACGUCUGCUUCGAUCGCUACUCUCGAUAUAAACCCUACGGAUAUGGCUUGGAUACUGGAGUCGACGUCCCAGCAGCCCAUCCCUCGGUAAACGUUACCUGGGAUGAGGUUGACUGGGCCGACUUGCAAGCCCAGUGCCUGCACAGAAAUGCAAGGAGAUACAAAGGACAUCCGACCAAGCGGCCCCCGGUCUCCCAUCCGCUUACGCAGUCUUUCUCCAAGUCCGAAGCUCCACUUUUGAUGCAGGAACCGUCCGCCCCCGUGUCGGGUCCCCAGUAUCAGCCGCGGUCUGCAGUCCUCAUUCGGGCCUGGCAUACGAUCAAGUGGACACCAAACCAUCUUCAGUAUCUCCGGUCUCUCAUAAUGGAGCUGUCGCUGCACUCGGGUGCGGAGUAUGAGGUGUUCCUGCUGAUCGACGUAAAAGACGACUUUCUGCCGAUUUUCUCAGAUGCGAGUACCGUUCGAUAUCUGAAAGAUUUGUUCAUCCCUGCGGAGUUCCGAAACAUGACCAUCUUUUUCAAUAACAAGCUGCUGGAAGGAUGGUAUCCCCUGCUCGAGGAACACAGGUACUGCCCUUUCCAUUACCCGACGGCAAGCCCAUCAUGCACCGAAUCUAACCCAUCCAGACCAAUGUACCAGCACCUGCAGCCGGUGCAGAUCUUCUCGCAACUGUACCCCGACUUCGACUACUACUGGCAGUUUGAGAUGGAUUCCCGGAACACCGGACAUAUGUACCACUUCCUCGACCGAGCCGUCGAGUUCGCCAAGCAGCAGCCGCGGAAGUAUCUCUGGGAGCGCAACGCCUACUUCUACACGCCGGGGGCCCACGGUCCAUGGGAGCAGUUUAUGGGAAUGGUCAAUGAGUCGAUGGUCGGCCGACGGAGUGUCUGGGGCCCUGUUCCCGCCAAAGGCAUCAUGCCAACUGGGCCAAUGCCGCCGGUGUCAACUCCAGAAGAAGACGACUACGAAUGGGGAGUGGGCGAAGAAGCAGACCUCAUCACCUUCCUGCCGAUCUUCGACCCCAGCGAGACGACCUGGACGUUCCCGGAUACGCUGUACAACCUGCCCCUGGAGACACCGCGACGCGCCUCGCCGGUGACCAUGUGGCGGCUGUCCAAACGGCUGCUGGACCUGAUGCACCACGACCAAGCGACAACAGGCAUCGGUCUGGGGUCGGAGAUGUCCGGGCCGACGUGGGCGCUGUGGCAUGGGUUCAAGGCGGUGCAUGUGCCGCAUCCGCUGUAUCUGGACGGACAUUGGACGGCAAAGGAGCUGUCGCGGGUCUAUAACCCGGGCGAACCGGACAAGAUUAACGGCGGGCCGCAUAGCGUCUGGAACUGGAACCACAUGGUCGACCGCAUCAUGUAUCGCUUCUCGUACAUGUUCACGACCCAGACUGCGGAGGAUCUGUACCGACGGUGGUUGGGAUAUCCUCCUGAUCCGAGUGAGCGGGAAGAUGGGCGACUGCCCAAGGAUACGUGGGGUUUGAUGUGGUACGAGGGAGGACAAUUGAAUGAGGAAACCUAUGGUCGUCUGUGUUUUCCGCCCAUGUUCCUCCACACGAUCAAGAAUACGGAGCCUGAGAAGGGACCCGACAAGGCUGUACCUGUGUGA